UUGUAGAGCCUGGCCUUGCCUCCAGGCAGAGAGGAACUGCUGGUGUGAGGAGACAGAGUCCUGGCACGGCCACACUGGCAAGGACCUCACUCCACCCCUCUGCUCUGCUCUGCACCUGCAGCCACCCGUUCAGAGUCAGCAGCCAGCUCCGCAGAGACCCCAGAAGGAAGAGGAUCACCUACCACUCGCUAUGAUGCUGGCUGCUCGCCUCUCCAGACCCCUGUCACAACUCCCAGGAAGAACCUUAAGUAUCUGCGACAGAGAAAAUGGAACAAGACACACACUGUUGUUCUGCUCUGCCUCCUGCACCCCGCUCGGCCAUCGGACUUAUGCCAGCGAGGCGAACCCGCAGGAUGGCAGCAAAGCUGUCCUGAUCACAGGCUGCGACUCUGGCUUCGGGUUCUCCUUGGCCAAGCACCUGCAUUCGAAAGGCUUCCUUGUGUUUGCUGGCUGCUUGAUGAAGGACAAAGGGGGCGCUGGAGUCAAGGAGAUGGACAGCUUGAACAGCGACCGACUGAGAACCGUGCAGCUAGAUGUGUGCAGCCAGGAGGAGGUGGAGAAGGCGGUGCAGACGGUGUGCUCAAGCCUGAAGGACCCCGAGAAAGGGAUGUGGGGCCUGGUUAACAAUGCAGGCAUCUCGACCUUCGGGGAGGUAGAGUUCACCAGCCUGGAGACCUACAAGGAAGUGGCAGAAGUGAACCUCUGGGGCACAGUGCGGACAACGAAAUCUUUCCUCCCCCUCCUCCGAAGAGCCAAAGGCCGCGUGGUUAACAUCAGCAGCAUGCUGGGCCGCAUGGCCAACCCAGCCCGCUCUCCAUACUGCAUCACCAAGUUUGGGGUGGAGGCCUUCUCUGACUGCCUGCGCUACGAGAUGUACCCUCUGGGCGUGAAGGUCAGCGUGGUGGAGCCUGGCAACUACAUCGCCGCCACCAGCCUCUACAGCCCCGAGCGCAUCCAGGCCAUCGCCAAGAAGAUGUGGGAUGAGCUGCCUGAGGUCGUGCGCAAGGACUAUGGCAAGAAGUACUUCGAUGAGAAGAUCGCCAAGAUGGAGACCUACUGCAACAGCGGCUCCACAGACACGUCCCCCGUCAUCGAUGCCGUCACCCACGCCCUGACCGCCACCACACCCUACACCCGCUACCACCCCAUGGACUACUACUGGUGGCUGCGAAUGCAGAUCAUCACCCACUUGCCUGGAGCCGUCUCUGACAUGAUCUACAUACACUGAGAGCUUUGCUGUGGCCUGGCGGGAGCCGCAGCGGAGGGGAGGAGGGCGGGUGGAACACAUACAGACACCUCUCCACCAGCCACCUGUGGGUCACCGCUGUCUUAGGAAGGCUCAUUUUAGCAUUAACCAGAGGCAGUAACCUGGCCUGACUGGUUCACGUGGUGAUUGGCCUAGGUCCUCACAAGACGGGGUCCAGCCAGGUGCUCUGGACCCUGCCGUGAAUGUGGUGCGUCUAUCUGGGUUUGAUUUCGUAUGAAAAUUUUGAGAAACAUCUUUAUAUUAAAAACAUUUAUUAUAGAAUAGAAUCCCUAUUCCAUUAUACCUUUAGGCAAAACAUUAACUCAAAAAUAUGUUGAUCUUUUUGCCAGCCUUAUGAGUAAGAAUGACAGAUGAUUUUUGGUUCUGUGCAUGAAGAAUUUGCAGCAGAGAACAGAUACAUGAAAUAACAUAUGUGCGUCCCAGAGUGUCCCACGUGUCCCUUUACCCAGGAGUCUUCUGACCAAUCCUGUGUCCCCUGGAACCUUGUACACUGUGUCCACUGUGUACCUCUUUGCAGGUCCAUAUGCUGUAUGGGUGGGGCAUGGUGCUGCACACCUGUAAUUCCAGCACUCGGAGGCUGAGGCAGAAGGAUCACAAGUUCAAGGCCAGUUUGGUGCUAUGUAAGUGGCAGGCGGCAACAGUGAUUUCAUUGUGGAAGGGACGUGGAUCAUUCUGGAGCCCUUCAUCUGAGAUCUUUCCACUGUCCUUGAGGACCUGAGCUGGUGUUGCUUUUAGCUAAGAGGGAAGUUUGUUUCUGGUUUGGGUCUGCUCGAUUUUGCCUGGGGUAGGAUUGGUGUUGGCUGGGGCUACAGAUGGAGUAACCAUGCCAAGGCCCAAGUGCUGGGUACAUUCUCCCCAGGGUACCCUGUUAGUCCCAUGUCUCACACACACACACACACACACACACACACACACACACACACACACACCUGCUGGGCAGGGCUUCUGGGCCCCCUUCAUGGGUAGCUCACCUUCCUGCUGGAGCUUUACUUUUAAUUAAACCAAGACACUGCUAGGUAUAGUCUGUGUUCCUGCUUGGCCUUGGAUUUGAAAGCUGCCAUCCCUGCAAUUGCUCAGGGCCUGGAUUUUUGGACCCAAACUAGGCACCAUGUCCUCCAGGUGGCUGCAAGCUUCUGGCAGGGUCCUGAGUGCCAGCUUUGCAAAUCAAAUCAAAAUAGGGCCGCCCUCCUCCCGGGGAGGACCAGGCUGCCACUAGAGGGCAUCCAACUCCUCUGCAGCCAGAACUUGAUUCCUACUGAACUGAGAGGGUUCCAUACAAGGCCAGGUCUCGCACAGGGCGUGUGGCCCCUACCCCGGAAACUGCUUGGGAACGGAAAAGGAAGGCCGCUUCAGACACAGCCGUGCUGCGCUCCUCCCAGCUGCCUGACUCGAGUCUGGAGCCUGGAGAAGGCAGAGGAGCCCUGGCAGCUGGAACAGGCAGUGGGGCACAGGCAGUGCCAAGGCAAAGAGGACCUCACAAAGAGCAAAUUCAGCCUGCCUUUGGGGCCUUUGUCUCCUCUGUCUGAAACGUUGCCCUGUCCCAGCUUCUGUCUGCGGGGACACCGAGGAGGGGCUGUUACCUACACAGCUUGCCUCCAGCAGGGGUCUUCCACAAGCUUCCACUUUUACAUCUUAGGAGAAUUUGUUCUCAGGCUUCGUAAAGGUGAAUGGAUGUAACUCCUGCAGCCAGACAUGUGCGCCCCUCCCUGGGAACCAGAGGAAAGUGGGUGGCCCCAUGCUCUGUGCCCCAGUCAGCAGGAAACAGAACUCUGGGGACACCACAUCUGUGCUUGUGGAGGUCCUUAGUAGUAAGACUACAAUCGCCUGCAGCCUGUUCCCAUUUUUAAUUUUUUCCCGGUGAUUGAGAAGCCUAAGGUGACUUUCCUCCAACUAAUCUCCCAUUUACCCUCCACUUCCCUCACUUUCUGGCAGCUAACAGCUGAAUUGGGUACCGUGUAUAUUUUAAUCAUUAUGAGAAGCAGAUGAGCCAAGCAGAACUGAGACUGUUCCCAUUUUAUAGAUGACAUAACUGAGGCCUGAAGAAGGGAAAUGGCUCUCUUGAUGUCACAACAGAUGUGGGCAGAACCAGGUAAAAAAAAAGUCUCCUAGGGAUACCAUUCCCCCUCCUAGGGGCACCAGUUACCAUCAUAGAACACCACGGCUGACAACAACCUGAGCAGCACAGCUGGCUCAAUCACGGAGCAGUGGUUGCCACCCCGGCCAUCACUGCCCGCAGAGAGCAGAUUGCUGUGCCUUCCUCUUGGGGUAGCCUAGGUCCUGUCCUGCUGAAAACAGGUGCUGUCCUGGAGAGGAGCCACAUCUCCAGUACCCUAUGAUGAUGCCCUUGGUCAGGGAGGCCAGAGGUGCCUCUCCUGAUGCUGCCUCAGGCCUGCGGCUCGGGGCCUGGAGCUCUCGAAGGACUCCCUAUAUCCCAAGCAGGAUGUACUGCUUAAACAGGGGCAAGGUGAGUCCUCAGCCAGCCCUGGCAGCCCUGCACCAGGUCGAGGGACUGAAUGGAAUCCUCUCAAACUCAUGUGCUAAAGCCCAUCGCUGUGGUACAGGGAGGGUUUUUGGCAGGAAAUAAGGACAAAUGAGGUCCUGGGGGUGACAUACUAACUCACCCAUCAAUAUGAAGGUUGUGGCCUAAUGAGAGGAAGAGAGAGCUUUCUUCCCCCAGCAUAUUUGACUUCCAGCCUUUGGAACUGCAAAAAUAAAACAAAUUUCCAUUGCUUUGGUUUUUGA